AUGGCUCGUGCAGUUCUUUUAAUUGAAGCACUAGAAGUUGAGGACAGAAGAUUUCAAAGCCGUACCACAGCACGAUUGAGACGAAGUCUCAGAGAUCAAGCUAAAGCUUUGGAACUCUCUGACUCCGAGUUUAAAGCCCACUACAGACUUACAAAAGAGCUCUUUCAGGAUUUGUGCACCGAAUUAAAGCCAUACAUGGUCGCGUCAAGAAGAAAAACAAAAAUUAACGUGGAAUGCAAGGUACUUACAGCACUCUCAUUCUAUGCUACAGGUUCUUAUCAAAAGCCUGUGGGCAUGAGUUAUUUGCAUGGGCUUUGUCAAGCUAGUGUAUCAAAUGCUGUUAAAGAAGUGACAAUGGCUUUAAACACAUAUAAUAUGCUAAAAAAAUACAUAAAUUUCCCUGGAACACGACAAGAAAGACAGGCUAUUAUAAAUGGAUUUUCAAAUAAAUAUGGUUUUCCUGGUUGCUUGGGGUGCAUUGACAGCACUCAUGUAGCUAUGAUCAGGCCCACAGAACAUGAGGAAAGAUUUUUUAAUAGAAAACAUUACCAUUCCAGGAAUGUUCAAAUAAUAUGUGAUAGUGAUUUAAAUAUAAUUAAUAUAGACGCUUCUUUUGGUGGUGCUACACAUGAUGCUCAUAUUUGGAAAAACUCUCAAAUAUCACAGCAUGUGCAAGAGCUUCAUAAUAGAGGAGAGGCUGUCUGGUUACUUGGUGAUUCUGGAUAUCCAUUAAGACCUUGGCUUUUAACUCCAAUUGUAAAUGCUGAACCUGUUAGUGCAUAUGAGCAUUACACUAAUAUGCACUGUCUCACAAGGAACACUGUGGAACGGUGCAUAGGAGUCUUAAAAGCACGUUGGAGAUGUUUACUGGCACAUAGGGUACUGCAUUAUAACCAUCACAUGGUGGCUAAAAUUAUAAAUGCCUGUGCUGUCUUGCACAACAUGUGCAACAGACAUCGACUACCUAUACCUCAGUUGCCAAGCUCUGACAUACUGGAAGACCAGAAUAAUCAAAUUCCCCAGCAACCACUGCAGGGUGUCGCGGUUGGUGCAGAACAACAGCUCUUAGCUAGUGGUCGGCAACAAAGAGAACUCAUUGUGCAACGAUUAUGGUCUGCUCCUAGGCCAUAA